UGUUGGAAAUUGUUGGGCCUGCGAAAGUUUUAAUACUACUAUGUCAGCUUUUCUGUGUUUCAGCGGUCCACGUCAGGAGUUAAUAGAUGAUUACAUAAAGUUUAGCCCCAUUCCUCGGAAAACACCUCUAGUCAAAUGAGCUUCCAUUUGAAUCAGAGCUUACCUAGGCUGAGCAGACUGUUUGGCCCUAACCGAUAUCUGACCUCUUCUGUUUGUGAGACAUCAGAAGGCUAAGUUUAAACCGCACUCUGCAGAAGUCUGCCGCGGUUUGGGACGUGCACUAUCCUAGCAACUAGAACCUGUUGCCCUGGUGCCAUCCGCUCCCCCGCUCCAGUGGAUUCUUAUGGGACAUAGCUGACUGGAUCCGACAAAGAUUGGUGACCCAGAAGGAAAUCUGUGACCUCAGUGGUGACCAGAAGCCAACUUCAUGUCUGAAGGCACAAGUGGCAGUUUGUCAUGGAAAGCCUGGGGCUGCAAACGGUGAGGCUCAGUGAUGGGACAACAGCCUACGUCCAGCAGGCUGUCAAAGGGGAGAAGCUGCUUGAAGGGCAAGUGAUCCAGCUGGAGGAUGGGACCACUGCAUACAUUCACCAGGUGACGAUACAGAAAGAGUCUUUCUCCUUUGAAGAUGGUCAGCCCGUGCAGCUGGAAGACGGCAGCAUGGCCUACAUACACCACACACCCAAAGAGGGCUAUGACCCCAGCGCCCUGGAAGCUGUCCAGCUGGAGGACGGUUCCACUGCCUACAUUCAUCACCCUGUAUCUGCGCCGUCGGACAGCACCAUCCUGGCUGUGCACACAGAGGUGGGCUUGGAGGACCUGGCAGCGGACGAUGAGGAAGGCUUCGGCGCGGACACAGUGGUGGCCCUGGAGCAGUAUGCCAGCAAGGUUCUGCACGAUAGCCCUGCUUCCCACAAUGGCAAAGGGCAGCAGGUUGGAGACCGAGCUUUCCGCUGUGGCUACAAGGGCUGUGGUCGUCUCUACACCACUGCCCAUCACUUAAAGGUCCACGAACGAGCUCACACAGGGGACCGUCCAUACAGGUGUGACUUCCCGAGCUGUGGAAAGGCCUUUGCAACAGGCUAUGGGCUAAAAAGUCAUGUUCGUACUCACACGGGUGAGAAACCAUACAAGUGCCCAGAGGAGCUGUGCAGCAAAGCCUUCAAGACCUCAGGGGACCUGCAGAAACACGUGCGGACCCACACAGGUGAGCGCCCAUUCCGGUGCCCUUUUGAGGGCUGUGGCCGCUCCUUCACCACAUCAAAUAUCCGCAAGGUACAUGUGCGCACCCACACAGGCGAGCGGCCCUACACCUGCCCCGAGCCCCACUGUGGCCGUGGCUUCACCAGCGCCACCAACUACAAGAAUCACGUGCGCAUCCAUACAGGGGAGAAGCCAUACGUUUGCACGGUGCCAGGCUGCGGAAAGCGCUUUACGGAGUACUCGAGCCUGUACAAACACCACGUGGUGCACACACACUGCAAGCCCUACACGUGCAGUAGCUGCGGCAAGACCUACCGGCAGACCUCCACCCUGGCCAUGCACAAGCGCAGCGCGCACGGGGAACUGGAGGCCACGGAGGAGAGUGAACAGGCCCUGUAUGAGCAGCAGCAGCUGGAGGCCGCCUCUGCUGCUGAGGAAAGCCCCCCGCCCAAACCAACCCACAUUGCUUACCUUUCGGAAGUGAAGGAAGAGAGCAGUGCCAUCCCAACCCAAGUAGCCAUGGUGACGGAGGAGGAUGGGCCCCCUCAGGUGGCUCUGAUCACUCAGGACGGUACCCAGCAGGUCAGCCUGUCUCCAGAAGACCUGCAGGCCCUGGGAAGUGCCAUCAGUGUAGUGACACAGCACGGCAGCACCACCCUCACCAUCCCCGGUCAUCACGAAGAACUGGCCACAUCUGGUGCACACACGGUCACCAUGGUCAGCGCCGAUGGCACGCAGACUCAGCCCGUCACAAUCAUUACCUCUGGGGCCUUGGUGACUGAGGACUCAAGCGUGGCAUCUCUUCAUCACCAACAGGUGGCGCUGUUGGCCACAGCCAACGGAACACACAUCGCAGUGCAGCUGGAGGACCAGCAGACCCUGGAGGAGGCCAUAAGCGUAGCCACUGCUGCUAUGCAGCAAGGGGCUGUGACCCUGGAAACCACAGAGAGCGGCUGCUGAGCCCAAGAGGACCAGCUCCCACACCACACUGGAGAAGGCACCAUGCUCACAGGCAGCCCUGCCUCCGGGGCCCCCAGCCACAGCUGACCCCAAGAAGAUGGCCACAUAGGCCUCAGGGGUGAUGAGGCAACAGGAAAAUGGCCUCUAGUGGAAAGGUCUGUGGGCUACACCCAAGAUGAGGGCCAGGCAGCAGACAGUGGACACUGAGCUUGGUCACCAGGCUGCCACACCCCUGCGUCCCUCCCUUGGAAGGAUAUUCUUCCUGCUCUGUCCACUCCCUUCCUCAGGGAGGUGGUGACUAGGUGGACGAGGACUGGCCUCCACCCUGGCUGCUAGUACCACCAGGGGAAAGGCUGACAGCUUUCAGCCCAGCGCCUCCCAGCAAUAACUGUCUCCUGGGGCUACGGUGGCCGAGAUGCCUAGCCACUUGGCACCAGGGACUUCCCACCACCACAGUCAGAAUUAAUUCCUCAGGGGCCUGUGGCUGGAGUGAAGGUGCCUCCUCGCUUGUCUGUGGCAGAGAGGCAAGCGAGUGGCCUGUACCCGGACUGCUGGGGACUGGGUUUCAUUUGUUUUGUGGUUUGGGUUUUUAAUCCUAUUUUGAUAAUUUUUUUUCCUGCUCUGGGUGGUGGUGGCAGACGGGCGGAUGAGUAUUUAAUAAAAGUUGCAAGUUUCCA